AUGAGGGACGACGACGACGACGACGACGUCUUCGAGACGUACGAGGAGGAUGACGUUACGGACGACGAGGACGAGUGGGCCGCGCGCGCGGCGGCGGGGAACGCGGGAGCCCCCGCCCGAGGCAAUCGAGGCGUCGCGUUCGCGCUCGACCGCGGCGGCGACGAGGACGACGAGGACGAGGACGACGACGAGGACGACGACGGCGACGACGGCGACGACGGCGAUGCCGGCGACGACGGCGACGACGACGACGCGCGCGCUGGCCCGUCCGCCGCCGCCCCCGUCGACCCCCUCGACCGAUCCCGCGCGGCGGCGGUCGCCGCGCCCGACGAAUUCGAGGAAGACGAAGAGGAGGAGGACGCGGAGGAGAUGUUCGACACGCAGAGCAUCGACGUCUUGCUCAAGCAGAUGGACGGCCAAGCCGGCGGCGGCCCGGCGCCGUACGAGCUCCUCGCCGCGAGGAAGCGCGAGGCGCACCGCGCGCAUCAGGCGGCGUUCGUGGACGCGUUGAAACGACGCGGGCACGACGUCAGCGCCGCGGAUCUGAGCACGCAGUACGGCGCCGCGAAGCUCGUGCAGUCGCUGGACGUGGACAGGGACGAGCUGUUGGCCGCGAGCCCGCACUUCGCGGCGUUCUUGGGCGCGGCGGACGCGUCGCACGCGCGCCGGAAGCCCGGCGGCGUGGGCAGGGGACGGUCGAAGAAGCCGAGGAAGACGAGGAAACGCGUCGCGGAGGGCGAGGCGGGGCGGAAGAUGGGCGACGCGAACCUCGCGUACUCGACGAGCGACUUCCCGAGGGCGAUAGAGCUCCUGCAGGAGGUGAUACGACUGCUGCCGAACAACCCGGACGCGUACCAGACGUUGGGGGCGAUCUACGAGGAGACCGGGAACGAGCGCAAGGCGUUGGAUUUCCUCAUGAUCGCCGCGCACCUCGAGCCCAAGGACGCCGCGCAGUGGUAUCGACUCGCGGAGAUGUCGAACGCGCAGAAGAACCCGAGGCAGGCGCUGUACUGCCUCGAGCAGGCGCUCAAGGCGGACCCGGACGACGACAACAACCGGUGGGACCAGGCGAACUUAUACGUCGAGAUCGGGGAGCCGAAGAAGGCGAUCGAGCACCUCGACGCGUUGCGAAAGAAACUUCGCGACAACGCGGACGUCGUCGUCGAGCUCGCGCGGGUGUAUCACAGCGUCGGGAACGCGGAGCGCGCGGAGACGACGCUGGACGAUUUCAUGCAGAUGCACGGCGGCGCGCACGUGACGCCGACGCUCGUGAACAUCCUCGCCGAGCUCAAGAUGGAAGCCGGGAGGUUCGAAGAGACGGUGACGCUGAUCGAAGCGUCCGCGGACCGAAUAAAGGAGCUCGCGGAGGAACAGAGGGCGUCCGAGCGCGCGGAGGAAGCCACCGCGGUCGCGAGGGAGGUGCAACAGGCCGCGAGGGAGCGCGGCGCGAGCGAGAACGACGCCGCGCAGGAGGCGGCGGCGGCGGCCGAAGAGGCCAUCGCCGCCGCCGUGCGCGCGGCGAGAAUCCCCGCGGACAUCCCGCUGGAUCUCACCGUGCGACUCGGGAUGGCGCUGCUGUACCUCGACAGAGCCGCGGAGGCGAAGACGCACCUGCAAAAACUUCGAAACGCGUCCGUGGAGGGCCACGAAGACCUGUGGAUGGACGCCGCGGAGACGUGCUGGGCGACGGGACAGACCGCGGACGCGGAGGUGAUGUACACCGCGCUGAUGCGCUCGAGCGAGCUGUACGACCAGCCCGCGAUUUGGGUGAAAGUCGCCGACUGCAUCUCGCGCAGGAUACUCGAGAGCAGCGCGGACGCGACGUUCACGCGCGCGGCGGCGAUCGACGGCGCGAUCGAAUUCUACCGCGCCGUGCUCUCGCGGCAUCCGGACAGCGUCCAGGCGAAGCUCCCGCUCGCGGAGGGGCUCGCGAAGGCGGGGCGGACCGAGGAGGCGAUCGCCGUCCUCCCGCGCGCGAGCGAGCUCGGCGAGCUGCGCAAGAAGGACGCGCUGCGAGCGCUCGCGUUGCAUCGCGAGUGCAACGCGAACGGCGACGACGUGUUUUUGAGCCUCGCGCUGCCGAUCGCGCGAGGGAGCAUGAAACUCGCGGCGAAGGCGACCGCGACCGCGGACGCGGACGCGGCGGCGACGCGCGACGAAGGAGGAGGCGCCGGAGAAAGGGCGGAGGACGCGGGCGGAGGACCCGGAAGAGGCGGAGGACGCGGCGGGCGCGGGCGCGGGCGCGGCGGAAGGAAACGCAAGGCUGAGGUCGCCCCGACGGCGAAUUCGGUCUUCAAGGGCUACACCAGGAGAGACCGACGCCAGGAGGUAGCGAAGAGGAAGAAGCGAGCCGAAGCCGCCGCCGCGCUCGAGGACGAAGCCGCGGAGGACGAAGAAGACGCGGAGAUGUUCGCCGCCGCCGCCGCGGAGGCGGACGCGCUCUCGCGCCCGCCGCCCGAGGAGGAGACGCCGCCGGAGGCGUCUCCGACGACCACGGAGACGACAUCGGUGCCGUCGCUCGCGGAAGAGGGCGCGUUCGACCUCGUCCUCGAAGUCGCGCACGCGCUGUUCGUCGCGGGGAGGACGGACGAAUCCCUCGCGAUGAUCGACGAGUGCCUCUCCUUCUCGCGCGAACGCGGGUUGACGAACGAGCAGAUCAACGCGCUGAAAUAUCUGCGCGCGCACGCGUUCGCGCGAAGAGGGCAGCACAAAGAAGCCGCGGAGAGCGCGCGCGCCGUCGCCGCCGCGCACCCGGAGUCGUCCGAGGCGUGGCGUCUCUACUCCCACGCCGCCGUGCAGAGCGGCCAGGUGUCUCGAUGCCUGCGCGUCCUCGCGAAGAUCACUCAGUCGCACAGGCAACAAGACGAGAAGCGCAGAGCCGCCGGCGACGGCGAUAUCGACGACGACGAAAUGCGACGACGCGUGCCGGUGCUGCUGACGGCGGGGUUGAUGAACGCGCUGCAGGGGUCGUGGGGCGUCGCGCUCGCGGAUUUGAUGCACGCGGUGGCGAUCGAGCCGGAGGACCCCGCGGCGUCGCUCGCCGCGGGCGUCGCGGCGCUGCACCACGCCUCCGGGGUCAAAAACGCGGCGGACGAAGUGCGGCACGCGUGGGUGCUGAGAGCCGUCGCGCUGUUGCAGAAAGCCGGGAGACUGCGCGCGGCGCAAGGGCACGCACGGGAAGGGGAGUACAACCUCGCGCGCGGGUUACACCAGCUCGGGCUCGUCCAUCUCGCGGUGCCGCUGUACGAGCGGUGCCUCGCGAGGGACGACGACGACCCCGCGGACGCGGACGCGGACGCGAGCUCGCCAAACUUGAAGUGGGAGGCGGCGCAUAACUUGUCGUCGAUAUUUAAGGCGAGCGGCGCCCCGGAGCUCGCGAGGGAGGUGCUGAAGAAACACGCGACGAUCGUCGAGGACGGUGUUCCGACGUCGAUCACGGCGUGA